AUGAGAGAAAAUGUUAGUGUGUUGAGCAAGGAACUGAAAAAGCUGCUAUGCUUCCUCUGGAGACAUGAUUGUGUUGGAACUAGCAUCAUUGUCAAGACAAGACAAGAGAUCUCUGAUCUUCUGGAGUGCAGUGUGUCUUCGACUCAGAUCAUUCAAGGUGGUCUGAUUGGCAAGCUUUUGGUUGAUGUCUUACUGGAAAAUCCAGCCAGCACAAGUCAAUAUCCCUUGGGGUGUGUCUAUGCUGCAGCUAGAUGCUUCCUCAUUUCCAAGGGCAAGCUUGUGUUGAGAUCAGCUGAUACAUCUGCUUCCCAAGUUGCCACCAUAAUGCACUUGUUCAGACUGGCUUUCUGUUCUGUUGUGGGGGCUAUGAGCCAUCCUCUUGGUUACAUGGAGGGAGCUAAGGUACUGGUGAAAACAGUUAUGGAGAGGCCCACCAUGAACACCUUUGGACCCAUGAUCAGGCAGCUCAGAGAGAUUCAGAUGCAGAAACCCAAGAUUGUUGACAGGCAUUUCUCCAGAAAUGGAGAGAUUGUGGUUCAAGGGCUCAUCUUUAAGCCAGAAGUUUGGAAGACUCUCAUUCCAAGGGUUGUUGGUGCUGCCAGACUUGUUCUAAGUCAGAUCUUUGAUGGAAAGGAUUGGGAAGUCUUUUUGACCACAACUCUGCCUUUGAUCAAUGUCAGAAUAUCAUGUGGAUCUGAUGAUAGUGUGCACUUUCAAGUUCAACAAGCUAGUGGAGAUGUGUUCAGUGAAUCUUUGAAGUUGUCCCCUCAGAUCAAUGAAAUUGACCAAGAUCAUCUGUCAUCAAUUGUUGAGUUCUGUUUACAUGGUCUGGGUCUUGGCAGUAUGAGGCAUUCAGAAACUUUAGGCCUCCAAGAUUUUCAAGUUCUCUGGGGGGAUGGUGCUUUGUACUUCUAUGCCAAAUCUACAAAAGAGCCUAAUGAUCUUCAAGUUAGACAUUUCUUUGCAAGUCUGACCAACUAUUUGUUCCCUAUGCAAGAUGAUGGGAAGGCCACCACUUCUGACAUGGUUGCCAUGCAGAGUCACCAUGCUCCUUCUACUCAUGCCAGUACCUACUUUACUCAUAGAAAGGCUCAUCUUGAGGACUACUAUGAUGCCUACCACUUUCAUCUUGGAGACAAGGAUACUCAGUGGACCUAUGAUAUUCCCCUGGAUGUUUUGCCUGAGCAAACCAUUGUUGCUGCUCUCAAAAUCUUGUAUGGUGGAGAAGCAAAUUGGCUGUCAGAGACUCAGAGGAGUAUGGUUCUGACAUGGUCCACAUUAUCCAAGAAUGUGGUAGCCUAA